CUUUAUGUGCUCAGCGUCCCGCGCUCGCCCUGGCUGCACGACAUACAGAUCGAGUCACUGAGCUUUCCAGAUGCCGUGCUAAGUUGAUAAUCCGCAUGACCACCAUACUCGAUUGAAGGUUAUAAGAAGCCCGUCGUUUCGUCGUCUAAACCUGAAAGACAAUUGUUCCCUUCAGAACUUGUGUGGCUCCCUUCACCCUACUAGCCCCGAUCAUGGUAUUCGGUAGCCCCGAACGACUUCAGGUCAAAUACGAUGACCCGGUGGUGGCGAACAUGUUAUCUCUGCUCCAAGCAGCACCAAUCCCUGCAAAGGCACCCAUCGACGCGACUACACCAUGGGAGCUUGGGAUUGAAUACGAAUGUUUGAAGAAGCUGAAACACAUGUUUCAGAACGAAUGGAGCUGGAAAGCACUUGAGGAAAAGAUUGCGAUGUUUGACCACUUCUUGGUUCACUACGAGAAUGACGGAGACACCUUGGAUCUUCAUUAUAUUCAUGUUAAGAGCCCUCGAAGUGAUGCAAUUCCUUUGAUACUCCUUCACGGUUGGCCUAGUACUUUCUUCGAUUUCCACAAAGUUAUUGAGCCAUUGACCAAUCCGCCGAGCCCAGAUUUGCCAGCUUUUCAUGUUGUGGUUCCAUCCAUUCCUGGGUAUUUUAAGUCUACAUUACCAAGAAGAGACGGCUGGAAUGCAGCUGAUACUGCGCGCGUUUAUAAUGGACUCAUGACAUCUGUGCUUAAUUAUUCUAAGUACGUCGCUCAAGCUGGUGAUUUGGGCUCGUACAUUCUGCUCAAUAUGGAAGGAUUGUUCCCCGAUUCAGUUACCCUCGCGCAUUUCAAUGUUUUAUUCAUGCCGCCCUCUCCCGAACCUGACCAGUCAAAGUACACAGAGUUAGAAAACCGGCUACUUAAGAGGGGAAAAGAAUUUCAAGUUACUGGUUCUGGAUAUGCGCAAAUCCAGAGUACGAAGCCAUUCACUAUCGGAAUAGCGAUUGCCUCGUCACCACUCGCUGUUUUGGCGUACAUUGGCGAGAAAAUUUACAGUUGGUCUGACCCGAGUCUCGUUGAUCCGCAUGAUAUCCUGAACACUGUUGCUCUUUAUUAUCUGAGCGGAUCCUUCCCUACAUCUAUACUUACCUACAAUCAGGCUAGGAAGGGAACAUCUGGUGGUGGUUCACAAGGCUCUGGAGGAAAAGUCCUGAUAAAGAAUAAAUUUGGCUACUCCGUCUUUCCAUAUGAAUUGGCUGUCGUCCCCAAAUCAGAGCUUGAGCAAUCCGGACCAUUGGUAUUCCACAGGGAGCAUUCAUGCGGCGGGCAUUUCCCUGCCCUUGACGUUCCGAACGACUAUGUAGCAGAUUUGCGUGAAUUCUUCGGAAAGUAUUGGAGUGCUCCGUGAAUAUGUUCGCAGUAAAGAAGAUAACAAGCAUCGAAGGUCGGAUAGGCCUCUCAUGACAAGUGUUUCUUUACAAUAUCACGGUGAAAGAAAAAAAACUCUCGAAGCAUUCACUAAUUCGUGUAGUGAUCGCUCUCAUCGUCCUUGCCUGGUUAUCUAUCGUCCAGCUAAAGUAUGCAGAUGUGCGUGCUUUCGUAGUGCUAUUGCCCGAGUGUAAUUCCUUAGCCUACUGCCUUUCUUGGUAACCUGAGUCAGCCCUCAUGACUCUGAUCUGUCAUCAACCCUU